UCCUAUCUUUGAUUUUGCAGCCUCAAAGCUCCAGUUCCUCUGUGACAGCCUGUCAGCCCUAAGCCCAAGAAGUCCGAUGCCUUCAAGAUCCUCCCUGGGUCUCUUUCCCGCGGCUCGCCACUCGAUAGCCUCAAAGCUCGAGUUCCUCUGUGGCAGCCUGUCAGCCCUAAGCCCAAGGAGUCCGAUGCCUUCAAGAUCCUCCCUGGGUCUCUUUCCCGCGGCUCGCCACUCGAUAGCCUCAAAGCUCCAGUUCCUCUGUGACAGCCUGUCAGCCCUAAGCCCAAGAAGUCCGAUGCCUUCAAGAUCCUCCCUGGGUCUCUUUCCCGCGGCUCGCCACUCGAUAGCCUCAAAGCUCGAGUUCCUCUGUGGCAGCCUGUCAGCCCUAAGCCCAAGGAGUCCGAUGCCUUCAAGAUCCUCCCUGGGUCUCUUUCCCGCGGCUCGCUCCUCGAUAGCCUCAAAGCUCCAGUUCCUCUGUGGCAGCCUGUCAGCCCUAAGCCCAAGGAGUCCGAUGCCUUCAAGAUCCUCCCUGGGUCUCUUUCCCGCGGCUCGCUCCUCGAUAGCCUCAAAGCUCCAGUUCCUCUGUGGCAGCCUGGCAGCCCUAAGCCCAAGGAGUCCGAUGCCUUCAAGAUCCUCCCUGGGUAUCUUUCCCGCGGCUCGCCCCUCGAUAGCCUCAAAUUUCCAGUUCCUCUGUGACAGCCUGUCAGCCCUAAGCCCAAGGAGUCCGAUGCCUUCAGGCUUCUCCCUGGGUCUCUUUCCCGCGGCUCGCCCCUCGAUAGCCUCAAAGCUCCAGCUCCUCUGUGACAGCCUGUCAGUCUUAAGCCCAAGGAGUCCGAUGCCUUCAGGCUUCCUCCUGGGUAUCUUUCCCGCGCCUCGCCCCUCUAUAGGAUCAAAGCUCCAUCUGCUCUGUGACAGCCUAUCAGCUUUUAACCCAAGGAGUCCGAUGCCUUCAGGAUCCUCCCUGGGUCUCUUCCCGCGGCUCGCCCCUGGAUAGCCUCAAAGCUCCUGUUCCUCUGUGACAGCCUGUCAGCCCUAAGCCCAAGCAGUCCGAUGCCUUCAAGAUCCUCCCUGGGUCUCUUUCCCGCGGCUCGCCCCUCGAUAGGCUCAAUGCUCCAGUUCCUCUCUGACAGCCUGUCAGCCCUAAGCCCAAGGAGUCAGAUGCCUUCAAGUUCCUCCCUGGGUUCCUUUCUCGCGGCUCGCCCCUCGAUAGGAUCAAAGCUCCAGCUCUUCUGUGACAGCCUGUUCGUAUCCAGCCUUCACGGCUACGUGCGCUUACUAUCUCCCCUAUCGUGUAUUUCUUGUUAUGCUGUUUUCUCCUUAGAGAGCUGUGUGCCUGAUAUGGACUCCAGCUCCUGCUCCUCUGUGACAGCCUGUCAGUCCUAAGUCGAAGGAGUCCGAUGCCUGCAGGCUCCUCCCUUCGCCCGUUCCCUGCAGCUGCCCCUCCACAGGCUAGUUUCUAUAUCUCCCAUCAGCUCCUUCACUGUCGGCGUAACCACCAUCAUCGGGCCGUGCUCUGGCAACACCCCUCAGAGCUUGGGUGCACGGACAGACGUUUCUCUCGCAACACUCCUUGGCCCUGUGCAGCGAGCUAGCCAGUGGAGAGUCACAAAAGCGGUGCUCCGCUUUCUGCGUGAUUCGGGCCUCCUGGACUCCCUGUGAGCUGAGGGUCUUUUUCAUUUUUUUCCCUUGUUUUUAUUUAUUUAUUUGUCUUUUUGUUAUUUCUUUUUCUUUCUUGUGUAUAUUUUUCCUUUAUUUUCCCUUUUUUUGUUAAGGGAAUAGCAAGCCGGCGUGCUGCAUGGCUUACCUUUCCGCUUUCUUUUUCUUUUUUUUUCUGCCAAUAAAUCCCCCUCGUUUCCGAAGAGGACGAGCACAAAAUUAACGCAGAAAAAGUGGAUACAGUCACGUGGUCACCCCCAGAGGCGAGAUCACCACACAACUUCAACCACAAACAUGAACUAAAAUGUACAACAUGAUCAACUUUAAAGGAACAAGAGCACAAAUCGCGCCACAAAUGCAAAUGCGAGACACAUAACAAUACUGCUAGAACAACUGACCCUGGCGCUGCGCACCCCCUACGACAUCGCUUCUCCACCAGACCAUGGUCGAUGUCGUGGCCGACGAACCCUAAAGACGACGUUCCCGAGCCACCAAAGGAGCGAAGACGGCGACUUGGUAGGCAGGCCUGCUGUCCCACUUGGAGGCUCGGUCCCAGAAGUUCCGCUACCAUCCUCCGUCGGUCUGUCUCGUCGCUCACCUCGACGUCCGGUGCACCUCCGGUCGGUCGUCGCCAGCUGGGCCUCUGGGCCGUACCUUCGGUUGCCCGAACAUCAGCGCUGGUGGAAGGAGACGACGGCAACGAAUCCCCCAAGUCUAAUGCCACAGCUUCCGUUUACACCGUGAUGCCCUUGGACGAAAUGCCGCUCCUUGGGUGUAACAACCAGGGUUGGUUACGGAAAAUAAUACUGUUUCCACUUCUGUUAGCUAAGUUCGGCAGCUAAGCAAUUCAAAAUUUUCUUUCCGUUUGUUUUCGUUUCCUGCGGGAUUCGGGUAUUUAAUCUUUCUCGUCUCAGGUAACCAACCCUAGUAACAACACUGUUAAAGAAGAAUAGGUGUCACCCCCUCCCAUGUCAAAUAAUGUUUUAUGGCUCCCAACUGCUGGGGGAACGCGAGCAGUAACAACCUUUUGAAAACAAUAGAGCGCGCUGUCUCUCUGAUACUAGAAAAUUAGAAAAGUUUGUGAAGCAGAUUUCAUCAAGAAUCCCGGAUCGUCGCAUCUUGCACGAUUUACACCUGCGCAACACUCAUGCAUUGCUGGACGUAAAACGUCAAGUUUCUUUCUAUGUGUCGUCUAUCCCUUCCCAUAAGAGCUAGCAGAGUCCGAGAAACAUUGCACAGUCGAACGCUUUUCCUACAAUUUCCUGCAAUUUUCUACGAAAAUGUGUAUUUGCGUGAUAUGCUUCUACACGUUUUCCCAUCGUAUUGAAUCCUCAUACUGCGAAAUUUAAUCGCCAUGCCGCCACUUUUAAUCCUCAUACCGUAGGAUUUAAUCAUUAUGCUGUAGAAUUCAAUCUAACACUCUCAGGUCAUCUCUUCAGUUCCUCUUUCCACUACAAUGGGACAGUAUCGGACUGCCUGCAUGAUUUUACUCCUGGCUCCUAGAGCUACUCUUUGUUUGAGGAAAUGUAUUGAACGUCAACACUCGUACACUAUUCAUUACGAUGAGACCUGCACAAGCUAGUAUGUACAGGGUUCGUCAAGAUAACCUUCAAGGUUUGUAAUGAAGAUAAAACAAAUAAGAACAGCGUCGGGAAGCUAAAGUAGAUGUUAGAGGAUGUAUUAUGCCACAAAAUUUUAUGUCUAUAAUGCCGCUUGGUGUGUUUCUCUGCGGAUAAAUCGUGAAAAAAAAAACAAAAAAACGCCGCUUCCUAAUCGGUUAUACCUGUGUUUCAGCUCCACUUGUUCACUUGGUUUCGAUGUCGUCUGCAACGCCGCGUUCGACCGUUUCGCCAUCUGACGGAAAGGAGCUGGACUCUUUGCAGUACAAUAGCAUAGUAUAAGACUACCUAUUCAAGCUGUUACGACUAUUUACCGAUUUACAGCUACAAAUGGACAUUUUUUUGCUACGCUUUGGACUACUCUGAGAUAGUAUGAGACUACCUGCAUGAUAUAGUAUAUUAUUGGAUAAUAUAGACAAGCCUAGAAAUGUGACAGAGUAAAAACAAAUGUGUUUUGCUUUUCUUCUUGAUUACGGGUGACCACUCACAGUUUCGGUUUAUGGAACCGCCUGUCCCAGCAACAGUGAAUGAGUUUCCACUGUUUUCUGAAAGAUGGAGCACCAUGCACGCGUGGGUGAAUGGUGUAGACGCUACACGCCUGAAUUAGCUGUCGUACUUCAGUUACAAUGCCAAUGCCUUCGGGAAGCAAAAGAAAGCCUCUCCCUGAGUGGGCAGAAGCAGAAGAUAACGUGGGAAAAACUUAAAUCCGAACAAUUAAAAAAGUCAAGUUCAAAAGUAACAAAGUUAAAAAAAAGUUAAUGUGCGCGUACUGGGCUUUUGUAAAGAGCCAACGCUACAAUUAAAUAAAACGGGAGUUUUCCGUGUGACGUUGAAUUUAGAUUGUCUUAACACAUCGCAUCUGGAUAAAAUCUCUAGAAAAUCCUGAUUUAAUUGUGUGCAUAAAAUCAGAAAAAAAUCCACCGGAUAAAAUGCAUGUGGAUUAAAUCCAAACAACUCUGGUUCAUAGCGCUACAAAUUGAUUUUUUAUGACUACGGCACACGUAUGCUCCUAUGAGACUGUAUAAGUCUACCUAUAUGAUUUCUGACUAUCACUGUUUCCCGGUUCACAGCUACAAAUGAACAUUUUAUGAUUACGACUACUCUUUGCACUACAAUGGGAUUGCGCAUGACUGCUUGCAUGAUUUAUGACCUGUUACGACUAUUUCCUUAUCUACAGCUGUAAAUUCACUUUGUACGUCUACGACUACUACUUGCACUGCAAUGGGAUAGAAUAUGACUAUACGUGUAUGACUUAUGACCUCUUUACGCUAUUUCCUGGUUUACAGCUACACAUGCGUGGGUGAUUGUUUUUUUUUAAAUAAAGACGAAACCGAGGUUACACGCUUUCUGUGCGCAGCGCCGCUAUUAGAAAGAAAACAGAAACUUUCCCCGUCACCUGGGAAGCGUGGGGAUCCCUCUGCUAGAGGGAGCUACUAUUCACGCAGCCUAGGGAAGCGACGUUCGUUGCUCCGGUUUCAGGAAGGGGAAGGUCGCAUUGGGAGGCAACGGGAAAGGAGCCAGUGCUACCUGGGUCGGUGUGCGCCAGGAAAGCAGUCUCGCAGCAGACGGUCAGAACAAAUUCUGCUAGCAGCCCAUGGAAGCCGUGCCAGUAAACCACAACAACGUCACAGAGGAACUUCGAUAUCUGUUAUCACGUGUUUCCAAGGGCGACGCAAGGGUACUUAAAGCUUCGUGUCCCCUCUCCUGCUCCAUUUCUGCGACUAGUCAAUUCAAUUCAAUAUACUCUACCGUAGCUGCAACCGUAGAACCAGACGCGUGAGCCUUCCGCCUUCCUCCACCCCCUUUCAUUCCUUCACCGAGCAACGUGCUGCCAACCUAGGCAGGCAAAUCGCUCGAAUCCCCCCCUGUACAGUAUCAGCACAAAAGAUACCCCGAGUACCCAAGUGAUGACAGCUCCAAUGACAUGACCUUCUUCUUGGACCUGUUGACUUCUUAGGACACCAUCAAGGAUUUUUGCCACGGGGGUAAAGCACCUUUGACGA